AUGAGCGACAUUUCAGGGAUAAGGCCCUUUCGGCCAACUAUCAAUCCGAAAAGAAUUUUUAAAAAGAAAAAUAUAGAGGAGAAGAGGAAGGUAUCGAAGAAAAACUCUAGAUCCAGGAAAAAUGUGAAUAUGACGUUCACAGCUCCUGGACAAAUGGAUGGUUCGAAUUCUUCCCACAGGUCUAAGAACUCUAAUAAUGUAUCAAAUAACUCAGGUGGAAAAGACCUUGGCCUGAGGCCAUUCAGAGUCUCAAAGGAAGAGAUUAAAGCAUUCUCUCCUCCACCUAUGAUAGGGAGGAAUAAUUCAGACGACAGCGAAGACUAUGACUCAGUACAAGAAAUGAUAAAAAGGAAUUCGAAAAAUGCAGGCUCUCGUCUCCAGUCACCAAAUUCCUAUUCUAAUAGAAACAAAGGACAAAUUAAUUAUAUGAAUUAUAAUCCUGUUGAACAAAUUCCUCCAAACCCUGUCUACAAAGACCAAGGUAGUUAUCCUAAUAAGAAGAACAACGGCUCCAAGAAGAAUAGUGCAUUGAAAAAUCCAAAGGAGGAGACAAAAUCAAACUUUACUAAACUGGGGACCACAUUUGAAAGACCAGAGCCUAAAUUUUCCAUAGUUAGUCCUAAUAACAGAAGAAACACUAAUCAAUUGGAUCGUAAUCACACUCAGAUAGUUAUUAAUAAUAUUAGCACUAUUCCUGCUCGUCCUAAUCUUGGGGGAAAUAUGAGGCAAGGAGCCAUCAGUCCAACCAGUGGAAUGAAUAUCAUCCGUGCAUUGUCACCAGGCCUUGGCUCUGAAAUUGACGAACAAGAAGAAUAUAAUCAAGAUGGGCAGACAAGAAGACUUUGAGGCAGGGCCUUGAGCCCUUUCAAUGCUACUCGCAAAACAAAAUCUCCAAUGAUCGGUCCUGGACAAAGAGCUUUGGGGACUAUUUCAAGAAUAAAAGAUCCUAAUAGAAAUAGAAUGAAAUCACCGUUACCAACUAAAAAGGGUUUACCACUCAUAAACCAAGGAAGAGGACCUGCCAGAAAUCAGACAAUCAUGGGAGUUAGGAAAAACAAUGGCAUUGGGAGUCGAAAUGGAUUUAAAAAUGAUCUUAAUAAUACCAUCAAUCCUAUUGAAGCAGUUGGAAUGAACCUCAAUAAAAAUAGAAACCAAUUUAGCACCAUAAGUCCUGGUCAAAAGCCAAAUAGAGGUAAUUUCAUGAGUCCUCCUAAAGUUCCUGGAAUAUACUGGGAACCGGAUAAGGUUGCUACUCGAAAACCUGGAUUACCUAAAAAUCCAAUGCCUCCAAAGCUUAAGCCAAUUAAAUACACCAGUGCUGUCAUUAACAGAGGCAUUACAAGGAGAAAGUUUCCGGGUACAACAAAGAAAAAUUGACCUCCUAAGAAGAAAAGCACAAAAAAGUCAAAGAAAGAGGAAGUCGAUGAAGAGCUAAAAGAACCACUCUUUUACAAAAUUGAAGAUUCCCUUAACCUCUCAAAAGAAACCAAGCAAAAUAGGAGGUACUCAGAUUCAGGCCUUGAUGAUGAGUCAAGCGAAGGGAAUCAUACUCAACUUCUACAACAGAGCGAAAGCGAACCUGAUGAUUCUUCAUACAUUAGAGACAGGAAAAUUGAGAACUCGAUAAAAGCUUCUACUGAGAUUAGUGGAGUAGCUAACGAUCGAAAAAUCUCUAUCCUUGAGGUGAACUCAUGUGAAAAGAGUCCAAUUAGCAAGAUGCCCCAUGGAUCUGACGACAAGGCUAACUACCAAGCAAGCACUUAUUAUUCAAAUGCAAUGAAUAAAUCUUCCAAAAAGAGCAGAUUCAAAUUUAGCUCAGACUUCUUCCACUUCGAAGAUGGCGAGGUGAACCAAAGUAAGAAUCCUAAGAACAGAGAAGUCAUUGGAAUCCUUUCAGAUGAUGAGUUUGAAAAGAUUUCAAGUAACAUUGAAAGGAAUUAUAACCUGAAUACAAGAGAUUCCAACAAGUGUAGUCAGAAACGGCCUUUCACCAGCUGUGUAGAAGAUCCCAAGGCUGAGGAUGACAACUCACUUUAAUUUUUUAAUGACAUUUUAAUAAUCUUAAGUCUCUACCCU